AUUAGACACGAUUACCUGUGAAUCUGGACAUGAUGGCAGGGUUAUUCCGAAAGGUGUAUGACUGGUUGCUCAGAACGUUCUGGUGAGUCCACGAAAGCAGCGCCCAGCGGCGACCGAAAUGGAUGUCACGAUGAUAGGUCUGCAGAAUGCUGGAAAGACCUCCUUGCUUCGCGUCUUGUCGGGUGGAGAAUUUACGAUCGACUCUAUUCCAACCGUCGGUUUCAACAUGAAGCGCGUACAACGUGGCCAUGUGACACUCAAAUGCUGGGACUUGGGCGGUCAACCUCGUUUUCGGCCGAUGUGGGAGAGGUACUGUCGCGGAGUGAAUGCGAUCGUGUUCAUCGUAGACAUCGCUGACCAAGACCUGCUGCCCAUGGCAAAGGAAGAACUCCAUUCCCUCAUGUCGCAGCCGAGUCUUGAAGGGAUCCCGUUGCUCGUGCUAGGCAAUAAGUCUGACCUCCAUAUUAAGCUCAGCGUGGACGAGCUUAUAGACGCUCUAGACCUCAAGAGUAUAGGACAUCGCGAGGUUUCCUGCUACGGGAUUAGCGCGAAGGAGGAGACCAACCUAGACGCGGUAAUCCAAUGGCUCAUGAAGUGGGCCAACAGAUGAACUCUCUCUUUACGCAACACUUGACUUCUGUUUUUGAUUUCUCCGGCCACCGGGGACCAAUCCUGCUGACCGGGGCAUCGUCUCGCUGUCCUCGCGGCACUUUCGAAGCAUUUUCACGACGCUAAUGAUAUCAUGGGAUGUAAAAGACGGUUCAACUUCCGGCCGGCGACGACCUAAUAUAUAAAUCAUCUCUCGCGAGCUUAAAUACGGAGGUGCCUGUACCGUUAGUGUGCCUUCAACAUCUCGGGCCUCACCCUCCAGUAUUCCCUUUCUUUUCAUAUGCCUCGUCUGCUCGACUCAAAUACUGCAUAGCAAUCGGAGAUGGAGUCGACGGUUUCGGAACUCGAAGUGCUAGAAGGGUCAGGAUAACAUCCGACAUAUUCUUUUUCCUUUUCCUUUCCUUUUCUUCGGCUGGAAUCUCUUGUCAACGUUUGAAGGUUGUGACGGCGAACACUGCUAGACGUCCAAGUAUGAGAGCAGGGCGGCAAGGAAGCAUUGGUGUAGUUAGGUGCAUUUAUGACUAAAU